AAAAAAAUCAAGAAUAAAAGUACAUUGUGCAUUCGUUUUCCAGACAGCUUUCAGUUCGGGUGUUUUAUUUAGCAUUAAUUAAUAAGCGAUGUCGGUCGGUCGUGUGUUAGUUUAUGGAGGUAAAGGGGCUUUGGGUGCAGCUUGUGUUUCUCAUUUUAAAAGUAAUAAUUAUUGGGUUGGCAGCAUAGAUUUAAGCGAAAAUGAACAGGCCGAUGUUAGCAUUGUUGUUCCUAGAGACGGUUCAUGGACUGAACAGGAGCAGCAUGUUCUUGCUAAAGUCGGUGAUGUCCUGCAAGACCACAAACUGGACGCCGUUAUUUGCGUGGCAGGGGGCUGGGCUGGCGGCAAUGCAAAAAAAGAUUUAGCAAAAAAUGCCGACUUAAUGUGGCGUCAAAGCGUGUGGACAUCGACAAUAUCUGCCGCUGUCGCAGCUCACUACUUAAAAGAUGGUGGCGUAUUGGCAUUGACUGGAGCUAAGCCAGCAUUGCAAGGAACGCCAGGAAUGAUAGGAUACGGCAUGUCUAAAGCAGCGGUCCACCAACUUACACGUUCUUUGGCCGGAUCUGAUUCCGGUAUGCCAACUGAUUCUCUAGUUGUUUCAAUUCUUCCCGUCACAUUGGAUACCCCGAUGAAUCGUAAAUGGAUGCCAAAGGCUGACUUUACUACAUGGACUACCUUAACUGAAGUUGCAGAACUAUUUCAUAAAUGGACCAAAGGAGUGGAACGUCCAAAAUCAGGCUCAUUGCUACAACUCAUUACCAAGGACUCAAAAACUAAGUUGGUUGACAGCGAAUAAGUUAUAGGUUAUUUAAAGCUUCCAACUUUUGGGACCAACAUAAUGAAUCAGUCUUUAGAUAUGUUGUUAAUAUGUGUUUAAUUAUUUUUUGUAUGUGUGUGUAGUAUAAGCUUCUUCUGCGACCAGAAAG